UAGACAACCUUUGCACCUUUAUUAUAAGAGUUAAUAAUACUUUUACAGUAGACAUGCAUAUGUUGUUGUUUUUUUAUUGUUGCUCUAUGGUUAUAUUGUCAGUAAAAUGUGUACAUGUUUAAAUCCCACAGGCUGUUUUUGAUUCAUUAAUCGAUUUAGUAGCCUAAUUUGGAAGUUUGGUAUUUUCUUACAGAAGUCUAGCUGUAAUUUAAACAUUAACUUAAAUAAAAACCUGCCAGGAAGUACAGCUCAGCUUACACACACACACACACACACACACACACACACACAUUGUAGUACUUUGUAUUCAAAGACAAUAUGCAGAUAGAAAUCCCUCUUCUCUCGGUGAUGUAACCAUUUAGGAAUUAGUGCUAUGCAGAUUACAUAAUGACAAUCUUGACAAUCCGGUCUGGGUGUUAACGAGUCAGUUAAUAAAAACAGGCGUGCGUGUUAUAUAAUUAUAAAUUACAAUAUGUGUCACAUAAAUAAGUUUAAAGGGUGUUUUUAAUGCGGGUUUUCUUACGUGAAAUUGCUCUGAGGGCACGUAACGCACGUUAAACUACAAUACCCAUGAUGCCCUUCGGUACAUCCAACCCCCUCCAACCGUAAGCGUUUUGGCGAGAAACUCAAAUCACUGGCGGGAGAAGAUCCGAGUCAGUCGGUUGGACAAACUUAAGUUGUAACGCUAAGAGUUUGAAGCCGAACGAGUUGUUUUAAGAUUGUUUUUAAUCGCCGACUGAUUCCUGAACGAGUUUAAUAACCGUUUGAUGUUAAAUUAGUGUUUUUUUGGGGUCGAAAGGAAGCAGAACAACGAGUUUACUAACCAGCAGCAACGACUAACUUACCGAGAGGAGAGACGGGAAGUGAUUCAACAGUUUGAAGAUGAUCAUGAAGGCGCAGAAGCGGAAACUGCCACCAGAGGACGUGGAGGCGUCGGACCGAGGCAGCCCUUUCUGGGAGAGCCAGCGCCAGUUCGUGUUCUCCGUCUCCCUCAACAAGUACCAGCGUGGCCAGGAGCUACCUGAACCCAGCCUGCGGAGGUCUGUUCUGAUCGCCAACACGCUGCGGCAGGUCAGCCUGGAGGGGUGUGUGGCGCCCCCUGAGGACGGAGAGGUGUCGCAGCCGCCGUGUAGCUCUUCGCCUGCAGCAGUACACCUCUCCUCUCUCACCAGCUGUCCUCUCCUUUCUUUGAAUUACUUGUCAAAUUGUGCCACAAGUAGGUCUCCAGCAAGCUGCCACUCGAGCGUCCAAAACGUCCCUCAGUGUGUGAAAGACGAAGAUGAGGACUGGGGAUCGAUGUCCGCGGAUCCUGACUUCUCCCUCUCGGCCGCCAUCUCCUCCAUUCUCACCGCACUGGACUCCACUAUUGACGGCAGCCCGCAGGCAGCUCAGCGGACGCCUCUCAGGUCCUUGGAGAACCUGUCGGGGCCCUCUGAGGGAGGCGUGGCGUGGGUGAAACAGGGGGUCAGAGGUUACGGGGGAACCUGGGAGCCGCAGGGUGAGUGCAGAGUGGAGGCGAUGAGGUCCAGCUACCUCAGUGAUCUCACUGUGGAGGAUCUGUUCCAGGACAUAGACACGUCCCUGCUGGAGAGGGACAUGGGCGUGCUCGGGCUCAGAGGCAGCGGCGGUGGGUACCCGGCCGGGGACGACCUGUUACGGUACCUGCCGCCUUUCUCCUCCUCCUCCUCCUCUUCCUCCUCCCCCUUGCAUCCCUUCUCCCUCUCUUUCAACCAGAAUCUGAAGUGCCUGCCGUCGUUCUCCUCGUUCAGCCCGUCGUCCUCCUCUUCACCUUCUUUCUCCACGCCGCCCUUCUCCGGUCCCAAUCACACGAGGGACGGACUUGAGCUGGAGCAUCUGAUGGAGAUCCUGGUGGAGUCCUGAUGGCCUCAUCAUCAUCAUCAUCAUCCUCAUCAUCAUCCUCACACUGUAAUCCAUUUCAACAGGAAGUAACCUGAACACGGUUCACGUAGUGGACAAAAACUGAAUUCUCAAAGCAAAGGGCCGGGCUGUCAAACAGAUCCAACAGUCUCUUUCUUGUUCUGUAUUGUUGAAGAAAUUGUGUAUUAUGGGCUUUAGAAAGUAGUGAGAGAAGCUUUAGAGAUGGUUGAUGUCCACAGGUGGGCGAGCAGGAGUAUUCGCUGUGAUGCAUUUGGUUUUUCGGCAAAAAUGGAAGUGAAAACUGUGCAGGAAGUAAAGCAGACAAGGCUGAGUCUCUUUCUAAAUGACUAAGCAGUGAGUCAUCACAUAAUGAACUGCUGAAAAACAUUUUACUUCACUUUCCAGCAUGACUCGGCUAAUUCUCCUCAGAGAGCAGGAUUUAUUCAGCAGAUGUAUCAAAUGCAUCACAGCUUCAAGUAACCUGCGUUCACAUUGAACAUCCCGGUUCAUGUGGAGUGUGAGCAGAGUGAAGUACUGCUGUGGAUUCGAGCAGCGGACCGAACGUUGGGUGUAAAAUGUUAAUGUGAGUUCAGAGAGAAUGCGAUUUGGCUAAAACACUAAUAUUAUGGGCAAAAUCUUCUGUGAAGAAAAUCCUUUAACCACGUAUUUCUCAGUGAGUUAUAACGGGGCCGUGAUAUCAGGUGCUAAGAGAUCAGGUUGGGAUUUUUAAACAGCAGGAGCACCCGUGAAAAUGUGCUUCCUGGUCAUCAAAAAACGUUUGAAUAUUUGUGAUAUCAGGUGGUUUGAAAUCCUCGAGAACCAGAAAAGUGUAAAGUAUAAUUCUUGAAUGUUCUCUGUAACUGGAUGAUUCUUCUUUGUAUCCCUCAGUUUAUCAUCAGUUAUAUUUCAGUAAGCAGCAGUACGACACAUUUCCUGAAUGUAAACAGUUACUCAGUUAAUGCUUCUAAACUCUGUCCCUGCUUCAGGCUGAAAAGAGUGAAACUACAUCUCUGUCUCCUCCUCCAGAGAGUCUGAGUGCAGCUGCAGCUCAGGAAACGCAGCAACACGUGGUUGUUCUUUUAAAAGCUUUUAUUCAAAGAGCCUUUCACAGUACUGCAGUGCAGAGCCGCUGUAGCUAAAGUCACAGCCACUACGCAACAGCUUCUGAUGUACAGAUGUGAUGUUAUUGCUCGGUCCUGGUGGGAGUUCAGCGCCGCGCUUUGAGCCACAUUGGCUGACGGAGUCCUGGCGGCGCUGACUUCCACCCUGUGAACAGUCAUUCGCUCAUCAUUGGGUCAAUUUCUGCUUGUUUUAGUGGGAGUCACAUGGUUUGUCUGGUUUACAUCUGAAUUAUUGCACUUUUGUUAAUAACAUGCAUUUCUAAUGGAUUGUGUUUCACUCUGUAUUCAGUGAGCAGGCGAGAUUUGGCCAAAUGAUUCCCUUUGAACCCAUAAUGUUGUGUCCUAUUAAAUGUUCUGUGAAUGUUGUUGAACACUUAAAGGUGUUUUAACUGUAAGUUAACCAGCUAUAGAUGUUGAUCCGGCGUUUGAAACCAACGCUGAGAUCGUUUGAGGAAGCACGUGUGGCCUGUUUGUCAGGUUUUUGUACUUGUGUCUCGUUUAUGGAGUUGCUUUC